UGUAAGACACUAGCAAAGCAAGCAAGCAGCAGCAAAAGCAGCGAGACCGCUGCGUUCCGCAUGGUAUAGGUGCAGUUUAAAGACACUAGCACCACCGCACCGCAGCAUCAAAAGCAGCCAUGAGCCAACAACCACCGAUAAAAAAGCGCAAGGGCGACGUCCUCGGCGGCCUCGUCGCGAGCGUCCAGGAGACGGCGCGCGAGGUCGGCGGCCUGCACGCGAGAGAUGCGGCGAAAGGCGCUGCUUCAUUAGUGGCCAAGGAGCAGUCGUUAAAAGGCGCCAACGUGGAGGCGUCGCUCGCGAACGCGCUCAAUGCUCUACGAACGGCAGCACAAGGCAUCGGUGGUGCCAUUGAAGUAGAGUGUCGCAUCGGCGUGGCCUGCGAGAAGGGCGCGGGUCUAGGGUCAGCCACGGCCGCAGCGAAACGGUUCGUGGCGGGAAGACGGGGCUGCGGCGCCGUGGCCAUCGGCGGCUCGUCGGACUUCUGCCCUGGGGUUUCUGAAGUUUCUUUCAGGGAAGCGCAGGAGAAUGUCGAGCGGUGCCAAUCUGUUUCUUGGACGGAGAGUGUGGAGUCGACUUUUGGCGCGGAGACUGGACCUAGGUUGGUGGUGUCGUCAGAUGGGAGGCAAAGACUGGAGCAGAAGAGCAAGCUGGACACCCACGACUUCGCGCUGCCGUCUGCGGCCUACGACGUGCGCCUCCAAGUGGCCUCGGAGGCGAAUUUACCGCUCGCCCAACUCCCGGAACCUACGAAGAAACACUGGACGUUUCGUCGCAUAAAAAAGCGAAGGUCCUGCGCGCCCGCGUCCUUCCGAGGCUGGCGCGUCGACCUGACGGAGGUCACGAGACACGACUACACCGUGGACAAGCUCACGACGCAAACAGCGUUGGAAGUGGCAAAGGGCAAGGGUCCUCCGCCCGCUUCCUCCUCGACCGUCUACGAAGUCGAGGUCGAAUUAGAUAGUGCAGCUACCCAAAGAUGGCUCGCUUUACCAAUGGGGGUCUCGCAGGAGGAGAAAAUGAUUGCUGAUGUGCUAUCCGCGGUCCUACGAGUACUGAACCCCGUCGAAGCGACCGAUACCAGGGGCAACCCUGCCGUGCCCGCCCCCAAGAUGCUCCAGAACAUCGCCAAGUCGGUGUUAAGGGGUAUCCAGGCCGGCCAGUCUAGGGCCUUCCCGGGCGCGAUGCCCGUCGGUCUGGCUCGGAGAAAUAUGAAAGACGUGCGAUCAAAUUAUUUCGUGGCCGAGAAGAGCGAUGGGGAACGUCGACUAUUGGUGGCAGUCCACGACAAGGCCGCGGGGAAAGUUAGAUGUUGUUUAGUCGAUAGGAAAGGUACCGUAGAGGUAGCUAGAGUGACGGGUGGAAAACCGCUCAAGCCGGGGACCGUGUUGGAUGGAGAGAUUGUCAGAAACUUAGCUCAUCAAGCACCAGUGUUCCUGAUCUUCGACGUGCUGCACAACGGCCAGGAAGACGUCUCGCAGGCUACCUUUUCACAACGUUAUUUCGGGGGCCUCUCGUCGAAAACGCUCAAGGACUGCCUCAGUACGAAGUGCCCACCACCUACAGCAACGAAGGAGGACGGCAUGCACGACGACGGGAGCUUCCAGGUGGCCGUGCACCAGCCCUCCGAUCCGAACGACGCCUUGCUCAAGGACGCGCCGGCCUUGCCGCUCGUGCCGAAGCGCUUCGUUUCCUCGCGACGGUGCGGCGAGAUCUUAGCCAAAAUAACGCAGGACAACGACGAGGAAGGUUCUGUGCCCUUCGGGUGCCGCGUGUCGCGAGAUGGCGCGUUCCGGACGCAUCGCUCGGAUGGCUUGGUUUUUGUGCCCGACACGCCCUAUAUCGCGGGCACGGAUCACUCCCUGUUGAAGUGGAAGGCUCGGGACCAACUCACCGUCGAUCUGACCGUCCGAGGUGCCGGGAAGGGCGAGGGCCUCGGUUUUUUCGCGGUGGACGACGAUGGUGGGGAUGUCGACUGUUCGAAGCACGUGCAUCUGUCGGAGCAGGACGCGGCACGAUUACGAGCUGAUGUCGCUGAUAGACCUAGUCGCGUCACUGUGGCCGAACUGGGCCUAGAUAGUUCUUCCGGGUUGUGGGUCUACCACGCCGUAAGGCCAGACAAGGAAGGAGGAAACCACUUCGACACCUUUCUCUCUACGCUACUGUUGCAUGCGGAGUCGCCCUCCGAACCCGAACUCAGAUAUCGCCUCUCGUCGCCGACGGACGACUGGGCGAAGAGGGAAGAAGGCGCGCUGCUCGCGGCGGCGUCGCCCUGGCGCGAGCAGUUCUCCAAGUCGCAGAACCGGCCCUUCUGGUGGAACAGCGUCACGGACGAGAAGUCGUGGGCGCGGCCGGCGCCGUUCCUGUCGCUCUAACAUUAAACUAGUUAUG